UCCCGGUACAUAAGUUGACUGAUUUCCCGAAUGAUUCAUUUCCCGCGGUUUCCAGGCGGCUCCCGAUCGAAAGCCUCGGCGGCGGAGAGACUGAGUGUGUUCAGAGAGAUUUUAAUCACGACCAGGCUUUACAACCCACCUGACUUCUGGAAUGGCCUCUGUGUGGGAUGAUCUGAACUCCCUCCUGGACUCGCCGGACUCGCUGUCCAGCCCUAAUCGAGGAACCGUUAAGGCUAAAGCAGGUUUUAAUGCAGCUGAAGACGCGGCCGCUUUAAAGAAGGCCAUGGAUGGAUUCGGCACCAACGAGAAGACUCUGAUCGACAUUUUGACUCAGAGAAGCAGCGAUCAGCGUCAGCAGAUCUGCAAAGCAUACAAGGAUCUAACUGGAAAGCCUCUUGUGGACCAUCUGGAGGGAGACACUCAUGGACAUUUUGAGGACAUCCUUGUGGCUCUCGUCACCCCACCGGCUCAAUUCGACAUGCAGGCGGUUAGAAAGGCCAUGAAAGGAGCUGGGACCACAGAGAGCGUAUUGAUCGAGAUCCUCGCAUCCCGAUCUAACCAGCAGAUCAGAGCUCUGUCUGAUGCGUACCUAAAAGAGACGGGGAGAGCGCUGAUAAAUGACCUGAAGUCAGAGGUGUCGGGAGAUUUUGAGAAAACGCUACUCAUCCUAGCUGAGGGGAAGAGGGACGAGACUAAAAAUGUGGACGCUGCUAAAGCCAAAGCUGAUGCAAAGGCGCUGUACGAGGCCGGAGAGAAGAAAUGGGGGACGGAUGAGAGCAAGUUCAUCGACAUCCUCUGUCACAGGAGCGUUCCUCAGCUACGACAAACUCUGGUUGAAUACAAGACCCUGAGUGGGAAAACCCUGCAGCAGAGCAUCGAGAGCGAGAUGUCUGGACACUUAGAGGACGCUUUAGUAGCCGUAGUGAAAUGUGUGAAGAGCGUCCCGGCUUACAUGGCAGAGCUUCUCAAUAAGAGUAUGAAGGGUGGGGGUACAAACGAGGAACUGCUGACUCGGAUCAUGGUGAGCCGCUCCGAGAUCGAUAUGGUGGACAUCAAGGUCGAGUAUAAAAAACUGUUCGGCCGCUCCUUAUACUCCGAUAUCGAGUCGGACACGUCAGGAGAUUAUCGCAAAACCCUGCUGGGGCUCUGUGGAGCGGACGCUUAGGCCUGAGCUAAACGUCACACAGGAGCUGAGACGAAGAAUUUAAAAAUGACAACACGCCGCUGCUUCCUUAGUCUUCAUUUCAUCACUGUGCAUUUUUGCUUAAACAUAUAAAAAAAAUUAACAUUAAUAAUCACAGAUACUAUAUGAAGUAUGGCAUGUUAAUGUAACUGAAUGAUUUAAUCAUUUACAUUUUUUACAGUAAAAACUGUGUGUGUGUCCUGUUUGUGUUACA